AUGCCCAAACAAAUCGAGGUUGAGCUCAAGUCGAUCAAACCCGACGAAAAGACAACAGCUGAAAUUGAAGCCGAGUUGGAGAAUGUGGCAAUCACAACACCACCGGAUGGCGGAUAUGGAUGGGCUAUUGUUUUGGCAUCUUUCUGCAUCAAUGUGAUUGUUGAUGGUGUUGUCUCAACAAUCGGAAAACCAAUUCAACCAAUCUGGGUUCAAUCUUUGAAUGUCACCAAUACAUCGGCUUCAUUGGCAGUGUCAAUCCUGACUGCUUGCUAUUAUUUCACUGGUAAGGAUUUCCCAGAUUUCCCAGAUUUCUCACUCAACAUAACUCUAUCCCACUUUUCCCUUCUUCAGGACCCCUUGCUUCUGUUUUGUGUGAUAUCUACAGUUGUCGCCGUGUUGCUGCAAUUGGAGCAAUCACUGCUGCCACUGGCUACGCAUUAUCUGCCAUCGCCCCGAACAUCGAAGUCCUUUAUAUUACCUUUGGUUUCAUCGUUGGAAUCGGAUAUGGAUUGUUGUAUCUUCCCUUCAAUCGUCAUCAUCUCUCAAUAUUUUCCGUGUCAAAAGAUCAUUUGCGACUGGAAUUGCUGUGUGUGGAAGUGGAAUUGGAUGUACCGUUUUUGCACUUGUAAGUUUUUUCGGCGACAAAAAUAUUAGAACAUUUUUUUAUUUUCGACAUAAUCGAUUUCAUAUCAAUCAUCAAUAUGAGAAAUAAUUUUAUUUAAAAAAUUUUAUUAGAAAAAAAUAUUGGAGAAAAUAUUGAAUUUUGGAAGUUUUCUAAUAACAAGAGUCUUUUGAUCUACAGUAACCUAGUUCAAGAAAAAGCAAGCUUUCUGAAUCACAGCGACCCUUUGAAUUUUCCAGCUCAAUGAAGUUGUAUUGAAAGUUGUCAAUAACAACUGGCAACUUUUUAUGAUGUUCCUUUCUGCUGUUUCUCUCACUGGAAUUUUCUUUGCAAGUUUGUACAAAGCUGUCAAACCAAGUGCUGAACAAAUCGAAAAUGUCACCAAUAUCAUCAAAAAUUGGGAAGUCUCGAAAACAAUCACUGAAGAAACAAAUGAAUUAGAUGCUCCACUUCUUUCACGUUUGGAACAACAUGAAGAAGUUCAAAAUCUUCAAUUGGGAAAUGAUGCAGAUAUUACUGAAAUAGUCGAGCAUGAUAUUGAAGAAAUCAAUCAUUCAAUUCAACAUCGUGAUGAACUUUGUCCAAAAGAUCCAGCUCUUCUUGAGAACAAUGAUAAAUCCCAAAAGAUUGUGAUCUCGUUGCAAAAAGACAAGAAAACAUUCCGUCAAGCUUGCAGUUCACUUUUCGAUGCUUCAUUAUUGAAAUCUCCAUCCUUCAUUAUCCUCGCUGUUUCCGGUCUUCUCACAAUGAUUGCCUUCUAUGUUCCAUUCAUCUACCUCCAAAAUCAUUUGGAAAAAAUCGAUGAUUUGACCACUGUCCAAAUGGCUUUCCCAGUUUCCCUUAUUGGAAUUGUCAAUGUUGCAGGACGUAUUAUUUGCGGGUAAGAACAUAGAAAAACCAUAUACAAUGUUGAUAUAUGUUUUCCUAUUUUCUUACAGACGCCUUUCGGAUCAUCCAAAAUUGAGUGCUUUGAUUGUCAGUGCCUACACCAUUAUCUUUGCCGGUUUGGCGACUUGCGCAGUUCCAUUAUUCAACGCAUAUUGGCAAUUCCUUCUUUACACUGUCCCAUUCUCAUUUGGUGUUGGUAAGCUUUUUUUUUUUUGAAAAAAACUUUGAAGCCACGUCACGUCACGUUUCAACUUUUUUCCCUAACCCUACUAUCAUUUUCCAGCUGCCCUUGGAGCUCUUCGUUCAAUCAUCGCUGUUGAACUUGUUGGAGUGACAAACUCAACACUGCCUUCGGAAUCUUGA